AUGGCCGCAACCGUUCCUGGUGCGGCGACGCUAGGAAUCACGCACGAAAAGAAGGAAGGCUUCAAGAAGGUUCUGGGCAUGAUGCCCGAGCAGAACGACCAGGAGCUUUACGCCAUAUUCCGUGCCGACUCGUUGAACAGAUUCUACGUUCCGGCAGUCAUGAUGGGCCACGAGGAGCCAGCGCCCCCGUCUUCCCGAACGGUCCACAUCCUCGGUUCUGAUUCCAGAUCCAAAUUCCUCUCUCAUUCUCUUUACGGGGUCUACGAUUCAAUACAGACGAUACACUCUGGCAAAGAAAGCCCGUUUCACCUGAAGAACAGCUACAAUAACGUUUCUGGCAACGCACGGCGGCAUCGGUCCCGGCCGUCCAGGUCGCAGAACUGGAUCGACAGCAACGCAGGUAUGGCUCAGUCAAGAGCUGCCCAGGAGGAAGCGAACCAAGGGCACAUCAGCAAUCUGGUCGUCGCGGGGCCCCCGAGCCACACGGUCAAGCUGUUGGAGCAGGUCAAGCACCGCGUCGAUGACAGGACGGCCAUCUGCCUGAUGCAAGACGGGCUUGGCGUGGCCGAGGCAGCGAACAACGAGAUCUUCACGAAUCCCGAUACCCGCCCUUCCAUCGUCCUGGGUCACAUGAGCCACGCCCUCGCCAUGGACCGCCGCCGCGACGCCGUCCGCUCUCAGGACCCCAACUUUGAGACGGCCCUGACCUCGGUGCGUCCCUAUGUCGGCCGCGAGCGUAGGGACCACCACCACCAGCUGGACCCCUCGAGCGAGAAGUGGCUGCGCACGCAAGGCAUGCUGUCCAAGUUUGCGGCGGCCACGGAUCUGCGGGCGCGCGGCCUGCCGCUCGACAGCUGGCUCACGCUCAAGAUCCCCUCCCUCAUGUUCUCCUCCGUCGUCGACCCCAUCUGCGUGCUGCUCGACUGCCACUACGAGCAGCUCCUGUUCAACCCGACGGCGAACCGCCUCAUCGGCCAGCUGCUCGACGAGAUCGCCAACGUCGUGGAGCGCAUGCCGGAGCUCAGACGGGCGUCGCCCAUGCUGCAGGCGGCGCUUCGCGGGGAGGGCAUGCGGAAGGACACCAUCGGUCGGCUGAGGGGCAAGAAGGGCUCGCCGAGCAAGAUGGUGAUGCAGAUUGAACGCGGUCAGCUGACGGAUAUUGACUACCUGAACGGGUAUUUCAUCCAGCGGGGCAAGAGGCUUGGCGUCGACAUGCCGGCGAACGAGAUGGUGGUGGGCAUGGUCAAGGCGAAGCACAAGGCUCAGCUGCAAAAGUUGAGAUCGUACAUUCCGAUGGAGAUGACGUCCAGGUUGUAG